AUGAACAACAAAUAUGAGCAAUUUCGUGAGACUUUGUCUAAAGCCCCUAAUCGAGUGCUGAGUGUGUUGUGUUUUUUCGCUGUGAUAUCGCAAUGCGUAAACGCACCCUACGAUCCUGAGGAUGAGGUAUUAAAGACAGUGCUGCCUUCGAAUGGCCAAUUCGAGGCUUUCUACCCAAGAGUAGCGCACGGCGUGCCGAACGGGUCAUCGCGACCUGCGCAUGGUCAUGGUAGCUUCUACAAGCACCGUAACCCUGCAUUGGUUGAUGUUAAAAACGCAGCCGCCUACGGAUUCCGAUUCGAUGGUGGGAGGAGAUUCAAUUUCGAUGACGAAUAA